AUGUCUGCCUCGCCGCCCUCCUACGCGUCGCUGCCGUUCAGCACGCUGCUCGAGCUCAUGACCAAGCUGGAUGAGCAUGUGCAGCCGCAGCACCCGACAUGGUUCUCCAUCAACACGUUUGCGGGCAUGCUGAUCCUGUAUGCCCUGGCAAAGCUGCUGCACCUCGUGCUUCCGCGAGCGUGCGGGCGGCGGCGAUGGGAGGCUGUCUCGCCGACGAACCGCAAGACCAUGGUCAUCUACGUGCUUCAGAUCACAGUCACGCUCGCUGCGUUCGCACUGCAGAUGGCAUCGGCGUCGCUGGCCAAGUUCGAGUUCACUGCACGCACGCUGGAGAUGGAGCGGGCAGGCGUGACGCUCGUCGCGAUGCUCUACGUCUUCGAGCUCGUCUAUCGCGACUCGAUGCGCGGCCCGAUGAUCGCCCACCACAUCAUCACGGUGUUCAUCAUGUCUCUGGCCAUGACGCUCGUGUACACCGAGCGCGACCCGUCGUUUGCGCUCACCGGCUGGCUGUGGCUCUUCCAGGCCACGACGGAGCAGCUGACGUUCGUGUCGCUGUUCCUGUAUCGCCUCAAGAUCAACCCACGCACCCUGCGCAUCCUGUUCCGCGUCUCUGCCGUGCAGGCAUUUGCCUGCAAAGCCGCCUCCAUCGCCGGCACGGUCUACGUGUGGGCCAAGUGGCAGCGCACUGCCACGGGCAGCCGCUACCGCGCCUUCGACGUCAUCUUCUUCGUGGCGACGGUCGGCCUCGCAGCGACGCAGGUGUGGGGCACGUACGUCGUGUGGAUCAUGGGCAACCGCGGCCUGCGCGCCGACGAGCAGCCGCGCAUGUCGCCGGCGGAGAGCCAGGAGCUGCAGUCGUCGACGCCGUGCAGCGUCAAGACGGCGGACAACUACUUCAUGGCGUCCGACCGCCUGCCCGAGUGUCUCGCCUGA